AUGAAACCAGUGUUUCCCCAGUUCCCGAGACUCGCCAGACCACGCUCCACGCCACCACCCGCCGCUUAUCGAUCCCACCUGACGAACAUCAGACUCAUCAGGACGAUCUCCGCUGUCCACAUGGCGAAUCAAUCUAGUCAAUUUGGCAACUGGCCCGCAGACAAAGUCCGAAAGACGUUCUUCGAGUACUUCCAAAAGGAUCAUGGCCAUACCUUCGUCCAUUCUUCCAGCGUCGUCCCGUUCGAUGAUCCCACCUUACUCUUUGCGAACGCUGGCAUGAACCAAUAUAAGCCGAUUUUCCUAGGAACAAUCGACCCAUCCCAUCCAUUCACAGGUCUGAAGCGAGCGGUGAACAGCCAAAAAUGUAUCCGAGCGGGCGGAAAACACAACGACUUAGACGACGUCGGCAAGGACACCUACCAUCACACGUUCUUUGAGAUGCUGGGGAACUGGUCCUUUGGCGAUUACUUCAAACGCGAAGCUAUCCAUAUGGCCUGGAACCUGCUCACCAAAGUCUACGGUCUCCCGAAGGAUAGACUCUACGUCACUUACUUCGAGGGCGAUCCCAAACAAGGCCUCGAACCCGACCAUGAAUCUAAACAGAUCUGGCUCGACUUGGGCGUCCAAUCUUCUAAUGUCCUUCCCGGUAACGCUAAGGAUAAUUUUUGGGAAAUGGGCGCGAGUGGUCCAUGUGGACCUUGCUCAGAAAUACACUACGAUCGAGUGGGAGGAAGAAAUGCUGCAGACCUAGUAAACCAAGACGACCCCCUGGUACUAGAGAUCUGGAACAACGUGUUUAUUCAAUACAAUCGGGAGCCCUCGGGAAGUCUCAAGCCGCUCCCAGCGAGGCAUGUGGACACUGGAAUGGGCUUUGAACGACUAGUGUCAGUUCUACAAGAUAAGACGAGCAACUAUGACACCGAUGUCUUCAAGUCGCUGUUUGACCGGAUCCAAGAACUGACCGGGGCUAGAGCCUACGCGGGUAAAUUGGGCGAGGAAGAUGUGGAUGGGAUCGAUACGGCAUAUCGAGUGAUCGCUGACCAUGUCCGGACACUCACUUUCGCUAUCUCUGAUGGGGGAGUGCCCAACAACGUCGGGCGUGGUUAUGUUCUUCGUCGGAUCCUCAGACGUGGGGCACGCUACGUUCGCAAGAAGUUCGACGUACCGAUCGGCAACUUUUUCUCUCGUCUAGCACCCACUCUGAUCGAGCAGAUGGGCGAGGUGUUCCCCGAGAUCAGAUCGAAGACUGAAGAGCUGAAAGAGAUCCUGGAUGAGGAGGAGGCUUCCUUCGCCUUGACCCUCGACCGAGGAGAAAAGAUGUUCGAGAAGUAUGCGGAAAAGGCCAAGAAGGAGGGCAAGAAGGACUUGGACGGCCAAGACGUCUGGCGAUUAUACGACACCUACGGCUUCCCCGUCGACCUCACUCUUUUGAUGGCCGAGGAGGCUAAGCUGGGCAUUGACCAGGACGGCUUCGAAAAGGCUCAGGCUGCCUCAAAGGAACUCUCCAAGGGCGGCAAGAAAAAGCUCACCGGAACUGCAGUCGAGCUGGAUGUCCAUACCAUCGCCGAGCUAGAAUCAAAUGACAAGGUCCCCAAGACAGACGACUCUAGUAAAUUUGCUUCGAGUAGUAUCACUGCGACGGUCAAGGCGAUUUAUUAUGAUGGGAAGUUUCACUCAUCCACCGAGUCCGUCCCUUCAUCCUCUCGAUGUGGGAUCAUCUUGGACAAGACAAACUUUUACGCCGAGCAAGGAGGGCAAGAGAACGACACGGGCAGCUUGACGAACCCAGAGAAGCAGACGACGUUUGAUGUUGAAGAUGUGCAAGUCUACAACGGAUACGUGCUCCACAGUGGCCUAGUUUCCGAAGGCAUUCUCACCGUAGGUGACUCAGUUUCAGCCGCCUACGACGAGCUACGACGCUGGCCUAUCCGCAAUAACCAUACAGGCACGCAUAUCUUGAACUGGGCGCUUCGCGAGACUCUUGGAGAGCACAUCGACCAGAAAGGAUCGCUCGUCGCUCCGAGCAAGUUACGCUUCGACUUCUCCCACAAACAACAGGUUUCCAUCGACGAGCUCGCCAAGAUCGAGUCGAUAUGCAACGAAUGGAUCGCGAAGAAUCUCGCCGUCGCCGCGCGCGAAAUGAGCCUGGCCGAGGCCAAGAAGAUCCCCGGGCUCAGGGCCGUCUUCGGCGAGGCUUAUCCCGACCCCGUCCGCGUCGUCGUCGUCGGGCCCCAUGCCGCUGACCUCUUGGAUGCAGAUCUGGCGGACCCCAAAUGGUUGAACUACAGUGUUGAAUUUUGUGGCGGGACUCACGUGAAGCUCACGAGCGAGAUCAAGCAGCUCGUCCUGGUAGAAGAAUCCGGGAUCGCUAAGGGCAUCCGGAGGAUCGUCGCCGUCACUGGCGAAGACGCACGCAGCGUCUCCCAGCAAGCCAAAGAUAUUGAAGCCAAACUCGAUCAGAUCAUUAGCUUGCCUGUUAAGGAACGUGAACCGGCUCUCAAAUCAUUCUCCGUCGAACUGGCUGCAUUGGAAAUCUCCGUUAUCCUGAAAUCUAAACUCAAAAUUAAAUUCAGUCAGGCUCAAAAAGAGCUCGUCGAGUUGGCCAAAACUCAAGCUAAAGCCGACGAGAAAAAGGCGCUUCAAGUGGUGAAUGAGUGGAUCAAGGAGCACCCGAACGAAAGGGUGAUGACGGGCGUCCUCGAGCUAGGCUCGAACUCCAAAGCAUUAGGCGUAGCUUGUGGGCAGCUGAAGAGUUCAGGAAAGGCCGGCUACUUGUUCAGCGUCAACGAGGCCGAGAAGAAAGUGUUCCAUGCCAGCUCGCUCCCGCCUUCUGAUCUCGGCGCCGUGCCCGCCUGGAACGCCAAGCUUUGGAUGGACCAGGUCUCUAAAGUCCUGGGCGGCAAAGGCGGUGGGAAGCCGGACUUGGCUCAAGGCGUUGGGUGCUAUUCAGGCCCUGAAAACCUCGACCAAGCCCUCAAGCUAUCUAAACAACUAUAUCUUGAGACCUUUAAUGCUCCAUAA